GGCCGGGAGAGGGGCAACCUACUUCCUGAGUCGCCUGCACACCCGCCGCUGGAACUCGUCCGCCUGUGCGCGCGGCAAUGUCGGGGACGUCAGCCAGAAGCUGGGCCAAGGGCAGCGCGCCCCCCGGGCCAGUUCCCGAGGGCCUGGUCCGUGUCUACAGCAUGAGGUUCUGCCCGUUCGCCAAGAGGACGCUUCUGGUCCUGAAGGCCAAGGGAAUCGGGCAUGAAGUCAUCAACAUCAACCUGAAAAAUAAGCCAGAGUGGUUCUUUGAGAAGAAUCGCUUGGGUCUGGUGCCCGUUCUGGAAAACAGUCAGGGGCAACUGGUCUGUGAAUCCGCCAUCACCUGCGAGUACCUGGACGAAGCAUACCCAGGGAGGAAGCUGUUCCCGGAGGACCCGUAUGAGAAAGCUUGCCAAAAGAUGGCCUUUGAGAUGUUUUCCAAGGUACCAUCUUUGAUAACAAGCAUUCUUAGAAGUCAAAAUAAGGAAGACUGUGCUGGCCUGAAGGAAGAUUUGCGGAAAGAAUUCAGCAAGCUAGAGGAGGUUUUGACCAGUAAGAAGACAACAUAUUUUGGUGGCAGUUCUCUUUCUAUGAUUGAUUACCUCAUCUGGCCCUGGUUUGAACGGCUGGAAGCAAUGGCGUUAAAUGAGUGUGUAGACCACACUCCGAAACUUAAACUCUGGAUGGCAGCUAUGAGGGAGGACCCUGCAGUGUCAGCCCUAUUCAUCGAUGCGAAGGCCCUUCGAGGUUUCUUAGAUUUGUACCUGAAGGACAGCCCUGAGGCCUGUGACUAUGGUCUCUGAUGGAGGUGCGAGUCAGCGAUGAUUCUGUCUGAUAAUUUCUGGUGUGAAUAAUAACAUGCUUUUAUUGUCAAGUGCUC